CUGGCCCCGCCGACGCGCCGUCGCGCCCGCCGCCGCCAUCUUGUGCGGGAGGAGGCGGCAGCAGCAGCACAGCAGCAGCAGCAGCGCGGAGGAGCCGCGGCCGCGCCUCCCGCCCGCCUCCUUCCCUCGCUCCCUGCUUCCCUCCUUCCCGGCCCCGCCGUCCCGCUGCCGCGGCGCCAUGUCUGCCGAGAGCCCCGAGCCCGCCUCGGCCGAGGAGCAGAAGGAGAUGGAGGACAAGGUGUUAAGUCCAGAAAAAGCUGAAGAAGCAAAAUUGAAAGCAAGAUAUCCUCAUCUGGGCCAGAAGCCAGGAGGCUCAGACUUCUUGAGGAAGAGGCUUCAAAAAGGACAAAAAUACUUUGAUUCUGGUGAUUACAACAUGGCUAAAGCAAAGAUGAAGAAUAAGCAACUGCCUACUGCAGCUCCUGACAAGACAGAAGUCACUGGUGACCAUAUUCCUACUCCACAGGAUCUUCCUCAGCGGAAACCAUCUCUUGUUGCUAGCAAGCUGGCUGGCUGACGAGAACAGCUGAACUGCAUGAUUAUUCUCAUUCCUGUUAUUUCUCCUUAAUAGUUAUUUCUCACCCUCACAUCCCCCUUUUUCUUUCUUACACUAAGUCAUGAGACUGACAGCUUUGCAGGUAGCGAUAGCAUGUGCUGCUAUUGUAAGGGAAUACUGUUAAGAGUAAAACGUAGUAUUUGGACUAGUUGAGAACAAUGCACUGAUUAAAAAGGACAAGUUUGGUUAGAGCAAUGUAAUCUACUUGAAAAUGUACAUAUUGCCCAUUUCCUAGUGUAGGACUGGUUCCAGCAAGUGACAUCGCAAGUUUUACAACUUCUAAUGUUUCUGCUUUUGUUAUUUCAUCUUAAUUACAGCAUAUUUGUAUUUAAUAUAACCUCCAGUUGUGUUGGGUUUUUCUUCCGUGUUUGGUUUUGUUGUCUAAAAUAGAGGUUUAGACCACAAGUUGCUAGAUGGUAAAGCAUGUAUAAAAACAAAGACAGGGCUCUGAUUGAAUUUUGUUUCUGCUUUUGAACUUGAACGGCCUUAAACCUGUUUCAGCUUUAACAAUAGAGUUUUUACUUGGGCAAUAUUUGCCCAUUCUGGUGUAACUCUUGUGAACCUAGUGCUUAUUGACAACUGCCUGUUGAAGCUGGUAUUCUUUUCAGUUCCGUAGCUUAGGACACACUUUUGUUGAAGAUGUGGAUGAAGUGUGCAUGUGCAUAGACUGUUGAAUUCACUCUUGUGCCAUUUUUUGUAAAUACAAUAGUUUUGCACAACCUUUUGCAAACGUCUAUUAGUUUUAUGUUUUAAAAAGCAGGUAAUGUGCCAAUCAAAGCACAAGUGAUUCUGUAUCUUUCAAAGUCUUGUCCUGAAACUAAGAGCCCAGAAUCUUGCUACUGAAAGUAAAAAUAGUAUACCUGAAAUUUGUGAAACACAUUUACACUUGACAGCCUUGUGCUUUUGCAGUUGUAUAUUUUGUUUCACAACAAAAUCCAGCAUUCAAGUAUAAAUUUGGAACUUGUACCUAUAUUUGCAGGCAAGUGCCCUUUCUGUUCAGCAGUUGUUUAAGCUUUUAAAGCAGAAAUGCUCUAUCUAUUGGCAUGGAAUAUGGCUAAGUGGCUAAGUGUACUGUUCUGGAGAGUUCCCUGCGUGGCAAACGCCAAAUUUAGGCUCACUAACGCUUGAUGCGCAAUUGGCUUUGGGCUAUUUUAGAUUUCUGGAAGCAGAAGGAUAUCUUUUUUUUUUUUUUUUUUUUUUUUUUUUUUUUUUUUUUUUUCUUGAACUCCUGAAGAGGUAGUAAAUUAUUUCCUUUUCUUUGUUGUACAGCAGACCCUCAUUGGCUUUGUGGAAAUAAAUAUCUGGAAAGGUAUUGCUAUAAUGACUUAUUAAGAAAUAGGUAACUUUUCAUAUCAGAAAAUAGGAUUGAACUCCACUUCAUGCUUAUGAUGAAGGUUGUAAGUACUAGAUAGACAAAAUACAUAGUUGGUAUUAGUUAGGUGAACUGAUGCAUAUAAAACAUGUUAGUUCAAUGAAAUCAGAAUAUUGAAAGUGGAGUAUGACCCAUAAUACAGUUGAUUUUCAUAUAGGUAGUCACAGUCUUUGGGAGAACAAGAAACUCUUUUUAAAGAUCAGUUUACCGAAUGCUUUUUCUUUAAAAAAUAGUUUGGAAAACAGCCUGUUAGAAACAAAGCACCAAUGUGAGUAUCACAAGAGAAAACACUUAAAGAUGCAUGUUUUUAGAAGCUUGUACUUUGUGCUGACAUAUUCAGAAAGGUCUUGGGGUAUAAAGGACUGCUAGUCAAUACCAAUGCUGGCCCAUAUCUUCUGCAAUGCUCUCUCUUCGAGAGGCAAACAAAAUGGUCAAGAGAAAUUGAAUAGUCUUUAUUUGGUCCUGUUUUGAUCAGAACAUACAGUGGCUAGGUAAUGUUUUUGAUUCAGAUAAGCAAUUCCAGAGAAUUUCAAAAUUGCUCACCUGAUUAUUUUCAAGUCCGUAUAGCCCUGUUUUAGUAGUUAGAUGGGCUUUGUCAAGCCUGUCCUUACUCCUUAUCCUCCACUAGUAUUACAAAUAAUUUGUGGUUUUUGCAGAACAGUUUGAAGAAAUGGACCUACUUGACUUCUUUAAGAAAUUAGGCUGGAAGAAUAACAAGGAAACUGGAAAUACUGAAGAAAACUGCUUUUUAUAAAUGUUUGUUCUAAUGUGAAAAUCCUUCUUUAUUUUUCUAUAUAUAAAUGAAAUUGAAACUUAAUGAUAGGAUUGGGCCUGAAACAAUGUUGAACAACUUAAGGUGACUUGCUGUGUAUUGUCUGGUGCCACUAUUCUGUAGCUCCCCUAAGGUGAGUUCUCUUGAUGUUUGGGAAGGUUUAAAAAGAUAGCCAUUUAAAUUUAAACAUUCCACUCACUUAGCUACAACUCAGCUUGUCCUGCUGGUUGGACAACACAAGCUCUUCCAAUGCUCACUCAGUGACUUGCAGUUCCUAAGAUUACUACAGGUUCAGCUAUGAAUAUAUUCUCCAUGUGUAUAUUUGAAGUACUGUAAUACUAACUAGGUCAGUGACUGAUUAUGAGCCUUCACAUCUGACAGACCUCAGCAGCAGGCACAGCUAUUUUGAUUCUGUACACUGUAUAAAACUUAAGUCCAGUAGUCACUUAACAGGAAAUGGAACAUGACUGCAGAUUGAUGCUUACUUUCAGCUUACUCCAGCAAGAUAACUCAGCUAUCCAAACUGAUGUACAUAAUGUAUUAUAUGAGUUUUACCAUUUGAUAAUUGCCUUUUUCAAAGAAAACUUAUCCACACUGUAGACUGGCAGUCCCUUUCAUAUCUUGCCUUUAAAGAUAGACAGUGUUUAGUUGUUAGAGUAGUACUCAUGUAGGCUUGUUAUAGCAGAUAGCACCAACAUUUUAUUUGAGAUAGUUAAGUGGAUUAAUUACAACUUCACAGAUAUGUCCCCAAAUCUGUAACACCAAAGGCUUCCCUCUCAUUGUUCUUGAUGUAGUAGGACAGUGUUUGUGUAAAGGCCACAGGAGUACAUUUUGUUGGACAUAUUUACACCCAGUCAAGAUGUUAAGGUGAUAAAAGUGUCAAUUGUUCUUUACAAACUUACACGUUGUAUAGUAUACAGAAUAAAUUGAUUUACUUAGUUUUUAUUGCACCAUGGAGGUUUGUCUCAUCUUUACUGUGGUUUCCUAAACAAUACUGGAUACUUCGGUAUUCUCUGUGGAAAAUUUCUAAACCCUAAAUCUUGCUACUCUGUAUCAUUAAAAAUAUGACUGGGCUUUGGUUUCUAGUAUGUUAGACUACAGAAUUACUUUAAUGUAAUCACAUUUAUAUAUAUUUCAGUGCUUAUUUUUCUAUUAAGGCAAUUAAAGCUUAUUGUUUGAAAACUA